GCACGUGUAAACGAGUGAAAGAAAAUUAACAACAAGAAAAUGAAAUAAACAAGUCAGUAGCUUAUCCAGAUCAAAGAGCUAUAAGAAAAUAACAGAUAGUCUAAUUUGUCUGGUACAUUGUGUAAUUACAAGUAAGAGUCUGUAAGCACAUUAUGGAGGUGAAGAAUGUGAGUUGUUGUGACACAGCGGCAUUGGUGGCACUCGUCAACAUGCUGAAGGUGAACCUCGGUUCCACUCCUGAGGUUUACAAUACACUGCUGGCAGUACUGUGUGACUUUGAUCCUUAUAAACAUGGAAAUAGAGAAAGGACUGUGCGAUAUAUUCGCCUGUUGGUCACAGACAAAGUGCUUGCUAACUGUCUUCUUAUGUCACUCCCACAAGGUGCUGAAGAACUUCAGGAUCUACCAUUUUACACAGGGUCACUGCCAGACAUGAAGAGAGCCAUAAGACACAAGUUUCUGGGAAUGAAACUGAGUGUACAAUCCCCACAUGCAAGACCUGAAGAAAAGAGCACCACACCUUCUAGUGUUACAAACCAGAAUAUAACAAUUAUUGUGACAGAUCAGGAUGAAGUUAAAAGCACUUCAGUACAGGAUGCUAAUUAUAACCACAGUAUGUUACAGACAGAAUAUCAGCAGGGAAGUGAUACAACAUCUAACAAAACAACAUCUUCCCAAACAAAGUGUAUUAUCACAUUCACUAAUUCAUCACUAAGUGGCCUAAGUAAAGACACCCCAGCUUUGACAAAAGCAAGUUUAGCAGUUGAUAGUACAGUCUCUAAAGCCGUUCAGCCCUCCAGAGAAGUGGGGUCUAUGAAUGAAAGUGGAAAUAUGACAGAACGUUCAAUGUCAGCAGACAGUUCAAUCCAUGAAAGUCAAAGUCAACCUUAUCAUGUAUUAGGUACCAAAGUGUCAGGAACUGACAGUCAAAGUAAACUUGAAAAUUUAAUAACAUUAGUUAAGUCUAGAACUGAAGGCAACAGCAAUCUUUUACAGGAUAAAGCUACUUCGCUUCAAUGUCCUGCCACAAACGUUAUCCCAAGUCCAGUCUAUCAAGGAGCUUACUAUUCAUCAGCAUGUGUAAGGAGUGAGCAGCAGUUUUCCCAUAAUCAGAAACAGAAUAUUCACCCAAAUCCACAAGCUAGACUUCCAAACCCUUUUGUGCCAUUACUUUAUCAGCAAUAUGCAUAUCCAAUACCAGGAAACACAAGUUACCAGUCCUGUCUGACUGGUUACACAGGAAAUCCAUUGUUGCCAUGGACACCGCUGACAUAUAUUCCAGGCUAUAGCCCAAGCCAGACUUUUCCAGUUGGACCAGCUCUGCAGUAUGGUAGACCAUUGUCGACAUCAAGUACAGAUGCCACACUUGAUUUGUCUGUACAGAGAAAGUCCUGUUCUCAAGCCCAGUCUUGCCUGAGUGAAAUUAGCAGGAAGGGAGAAAAACGGUGUGCUUCAGCAUCUUCUGUCCCAAAUGAAAAUGAAAACAAAGAGCCGAAGCAUAAAGUAAGACGGCUCAGUACUGAAGUUCCUGUCUUUCCUGCGACAAGAUAUGUGCCACCUUACAAAGAAGAUGCUAUGAAAUCUCAAAGUUCCUCUUCCGUAAUGUCUGGUGCAGCUUCAUACCUUUGUUUGGCAGAAAGUAAAGGAAACAAGGAUGUAAAUCAGCCAAACAGUCUUCAAGCAUUGCAAGAACUAACAUUCAGAAUAAAUGCAAAUUCAGGUGUCGGGUCUACCUCGGGUCUGAAUCCAUCCAUGCCAAGAAAGUCUUUAUCCACAGGAAGUUUUUCUGAUUCUUGGCAACGAAAGAUGUUGCACCAAGAACAGAACAACUCUGCUACUGGAAAGUCAAAUGGUACAAAUUUAGCAAGUAAUUUGGAAGCUUUGAAACGCUUCUCUGUUCCUAGUACACAGAAAUUACUGUUGCCUGGCAGCACUCCUGUAACAUCAGCAAAACCAUUGACAGAAGUACAAGUAUCAACUAGUAAACAGUUUCAUCUUUCUACACCUUCAGUAAGGAAAGACAUUGCAUCUACUGAGCCGCAGAAAUUGAUCCAUAGCGGACAAACACUUGCACAGCAAGAAAUUACUCACACUUCUUGCAGUUCAUCCAUAGUGAAUUUAGGUUCUAAUGAACAGAAACAAGGAGCAACUGGAUCCAGUGCGACCCUGUUACCAUCAGAUAUAAACAAAACAAGUUCUAUUUGUCUGCGAUCUUUUCCUUACAGUCAGCAUAUACAGCUUCCAGAUGGAAACUUUUCUAUUGUUGACUUUCCAGCACUACUUUCACAGAAUACAAAAAAUUCAACUAAAAAGCCUGUGUCAUAUGGCAAGGUGAAUGCCAGUAGUCAGGAGCCUAGCAGUUUCAAUUUUCAGUCUGGUAUUCUCACUGAUACUGCAAAAGAAUUAUCUGUAGAUAAUAGUACUAAGACAUUAUCAAAUGGUGCCAAAUCGGAUAGAAAUUUGACUGUUGGAACUGCAAAGGACUGUCCCAGCAGAUAUUCUCUUUACUUGAAAAGGAAUGAUUCUUCAAGCAAAAUGGCAGAAAAAGGUGAUUCUAAGCCAACAGUUCCGGCAAAUGACUCGCUGAAUAACGUAGCAGAAAUUGAACAAACCAAAAGUAAUGAAACAUGCCUUAUUAUUGAGACUACAACAGAAAAUGGAACAGAACAAGUUCAAUUUAAACUGGAUAAGAAGAGUAGUGCUAAUCUGCUAGGAGAACUGCUUAAGCUUAAACCAGAAUCAAAUAGUACAGCUUGUGGUCAAAUAGGAGCUAAUUGUGGGGAUUCCCAAAAAAGUGGGACAGAGUUAUUUAAUGACGGCCAAGGCAAUUGUGGACUUGGUUCCCAUCAAAAUAGGUUUCUAUUGAACAAUGAUAUACAGAGUGUUGAUGGUGAUGAUGUGUAUACUCAAGUGGAUGGUUACAAAGCAUUGUCUGAGAAUGUAGCAAAAGUGCAGAAUGAUCUGACCAAGGCAAAAAAUGAUUUAAACAGUGUGUCAGGGUCAACAUUCUCUUCCUUGAAUGUGUCACCAUAUCUUCUUGGCAUGUUGCCAGAUACAACAACAUUUACUGAUGAUGAUGCUGAAGAGCAAGAAGAGUUUAGUGAUUGUGAUGAUGAUGAUGAUGAUGAUGUAUUUCUACAUCCAAUAUUCUGAAAAAUGUCGAGACGUAUGGUAUUUUGCUGUGUUCAUGAAGUUGCAACAUUUGAAUACGUGUUACAGUUUUUCAGUGUGCUUCUUUACUGUUAAAUUAAGUUACUUUGCAUGAUAGAAGAUGCCCUUAGUGGUUUUAAUGUGUUAAUUAAACGAUUUAAUAUAUACACUUGUGCUUUUCAAUAAUUUUUAAUACACAUUUUGUGCAAAAGUAUUUUUACACCUCACUAAUGGAUAUUAGAUAAAAUGAAUACCAAAAUAGGCUGCUUCCAAUAAUUCAGCCAUAUGGUGGAAAACAAUGCAUCCAUAUGUUCAGUAUAAUGUACAACUUUUAGGCAUUCUGCAACCGCCCAAACACACAUCAGUAAUUUUUGUCAAGAGGCUGGCGGGAGCAUUUAGAUUUGCCUGUGUUGGUCUUUGUGACAAUUUUACCGUACAUAACUGAAAAAGUAUUUGAACUAGUGUCUUGAAAAGUUAAAAGAAAGUAUGCGCCUGCGGAUUUGUUUCAGAUUUCACUCUUGAAGACAUGAGCAAAGGUCCUUGACUUAUUGAAAAUAAGAAUUUAUAUAAACGACCUAGAAGUUUGUUGCUCCCAUGACAAAAAGUAUUUGACCCAGUCAUGAAAACUUAUAGACAUAUUGUUCAGCGUGUAGGACUAGGUGUUAGAAAUAAGGCUAUAUAUGUCCACUUGAACCUGAAAGUUAAAACUCAGUGAAGCAAACAAGUGGAAAUACUACUAGUAGAUUGCUCAUUUAAUGUUAACCAUAAGUAUCUCUGACAUAAUUACUAUUUAUUUCUGAGUGGACAUUUUGCUGUGUUAGAUCCCAAGGAAAUUUAUUAGUCAAAUAACUUUGCGUAUUUAUAUGUAAAAAAACGAUAACAAACCUGCAUUAUAUCUAACUUAUCUGCAUUUUGUUGUUAAAAGUAUUCUAUUAGCUCACUUGUCACACCACAUAGUGACAAGAUGAGCUUUUGUGAUCAUCUGUCAUCCGACAGUUCUUGACUGUCACAGUUUCAUGUGAACAAUAUAAAGACCACAUUUUGCAAUGGAUUUUAAUCAAACUUGCACACUUAUAUUGGCAUAAUAUCUCGUUUCUUUUUCAAAAAAACUGGCCAAAUCCCAUUCUGGGUUCAAGAGUUACGGCACCUUCAAGGGCCAAAAUUGCUGUUUUGGCUUGUGAACACAAUAGAAAUUUUUCAAACAAUGUUUAAAAGGCCAAAAUGUACUAUUUUUGUUUUUACAGCCAUAUAGAAACUUCAUUUAUGGUUUGAUUUAAUACAAACUUGCAAAAUUUCAUUUCAAACAAUAGAUCUUUGAUUCCAUGAUUCAGUCAUAUGUUUUUGAGUUACGGCACCUGAUUGACUCCUUAUAGGGCCAAAAUUUGUUAAUUUUUACAUUGUGAACAUGAUAGAAGUGACAUUAUACAUUCAGUUUUAACCACACUUACACACAACUUAAGUCACAAUAAGAUCUCGGUUCCUUUUGAAAUCCGGCUAGAUUCCAUCAGGGGUCUUGAGUUACUGCCCCAGAGAGGCUUCAUUUAUGCUUCGAUUUGAUACAAACUUGCACAGAAUAUUUGUCUUGAUGAUCUCCAAGUCAAGUUCGAAACUGCUUGUUAACACUCUUGGGGCUACAUUAAUGACCGUAUCUUCAUGAAACUUGGUCAGAGUAUUUGUCUUGUUGAUUCUUAUGCUAAAUUCAAAACUGGGUUGUAAGGGGGUCAAAAACUAGGUCACCCGGUCAAGUCAAAGGAAAAUGUUGUUUACACUCUUGAGGCCACUUUUAUGAUCCUAUCUUCUUAAAAACUUGGUCAGGAUGAUUCCUAGGACAAGUUCGAAACUGGGUCAUAUGGGGUCAGAAACUAGGUCUCCCAAUCAGAUCAAAGGAAGAGCUUGUUGACACUCUACAGGCCAUAUUUAUGACUAUCUUUAUGACAUUAGAGAAGAUUGUUUAUCUUGAUGACUCCUAGGCCAAGUUUGAAACUGGGUCAUGUUGGGUGAAAAACUAGGUCACCACUCGAAUCAAAGGAAAAGCUUGUUAACAUUUUAGAGGCCACAUUUAUGACCCUAUCUUCAUGAAACUUAGUCAGAUUGUUUAUCUUGAUGAUUCCAAUGCCAAGUUUAACAGGCAAGCGAUAUAGGA